ACCCAUGCACGCGAAAAUCUGGGGAUGGAUGAAGCGAGCGAGCCCUUGGUCCUUGCCUCCCUGACUCCCUUGACUCCUUGCAGACAUGUAGGCAGACAGACACACAGACCAGACAGACCAGACAGACAGGUCAGACCAUAUUCUGGUCCGGGCCGGGAUUGGAUCCAUGCGGUGAGGUGAGCGAGGUGAGAAGAAAAAAAGGGGAGGGGAGGGGAGGCAUGCAUGCAUGCAACCCAUCACCAUCACCAUCACCCAUCACCGCCGUCCACUGCCCAUCAUCAUCAUCGUCAGUUAAAAAAAAAAGAGGAAGAAAAAAAACUGUAGGGUAUGUAGGGUAUGUAGGGGAUGGAGGGGGGAGGAGGGAUGAUCACGCCGCCUUGCAGCCCAACACGGCGGUACCGUACUCUACUCUGCCGUACUCUGCCGUGCUCUGGAGUACGGAGGGUGGGUGCAACUGUGCAACUGCAACUGCUGAAUCGGUACUUGCUGGAUCGAUGUGUGAAUUCGCAGCUGAGCGGCCGGGGGGAGGAAGCUCACGAGUCGUCGCUGGCUUCCGUGCGAGCCCGAGUCGACCCGUGGGCUCCAGCUCCAGCACAGUCGUAUGUCUCGCAAGCGAGCGUGCGAGACAUAGCGCUUGGAAUCGACGACGACGACGCGGUGUCUGGACUCUGGAGACACAUAGAGUGCUUUUGGGUAGGCAGGUAGGCGUCGAACGCACGCACACACACUCAUGGAGAAACACGCAUGGAGACGUGGAGAAACACGCAUGGAGAAACAUCCAGGUAAGCCACCGGGCUCGGGCUCGGGCUCCAGGCCCUGGGGAAUGGGAAAAGGAAAAGGGGGAGGGCGUUCGUGAUGACGGUUGCUGGCUCGUGGACGAGGUUCUCGUUAGAUGGAAUGGGCAGAAUAGUAGGCAGAAUAUUGGGUACUUGGGUACUUGGGUGUAGGUACUACUGGUAGGCAGUGGAGGACACUCAUAGAGUACCUGUGGUACAC